UAACACUAACCUGUAGCAUUCACCUUUAGCUGUCCACCUGUUAUCCAUGGGAAGUGAGGGGGGCAGACGUACAGUGACUGAGAGGAAGGACAGCUAGUGCGAAAUGAAAUGAGGUUUUACCCCCUACGAGUUGGAUGUUUGUUGGUGGUCGUGUGUUUUCUGUCACUUUCUUGGAUAAAAUCAUUUCCGGAUGAUGGAGCAGAACUGCAGGUGCUGUACAAGAGACUGUUGAUGGCAGAAGAGCUGGGAGGAAAGGUCAGCAAGGACCUCAGCAUCAUCCUGGAGCAGCUGGGGAACAUGACACGCGCUGCUAACGUCAGCCACCUCUGGAGCAACAUGUCCAGCAGCAGCAACACCAUGGUAAAGCAUCUGAUGGAUGACCUGAGCAGACAGCCAUUGCCUCAGGCCAGCAUUCACUUCUACAUGCCUCACCUCAGGGAGCAUCCCAACAGCCUGGUGCCUCAUGUGGUGCUGGGGAAGGGACGCAGCGGAGUGAGCAUGGUGCUGGGCAUUCCCACGGUGAAGCGUGAGAAGCAGAGCUACCUGGUCAACACCCUCAGCUCCCUGCUGUCCGGCCUCACCUCCUCAGAAACGCAGGAUCUCCUCAUCAUCGUCUUUGUCGCUGAGACGGAACUACAGUAUGUGGAGGGCAUCGCACGCAGCCUGUCUGAGAAUUUUCCAAAGGAGGUGCAGUCUGGUUUACUGGAGGUGGUCUCCCCAUCGCAGCAUUACUACCCCGACUUCAACACCCUCAAAGAGACGUUUGGAGACUCCAAGGACAGAGUGAAAUGGCGAACUAAGCAGAAUUUGGACUACAGCUUCCUCAUGCUGUACGCUCAGGACAAAGGAACUUACUAUGUUCAGUUGGAAGACGACGUUUUUGCAAAGAGCGGUUACUAUAGCGACAUGAAGGCAUUCGCCACGCUGGCGUCUUCUAACGAAUGGCUCUACCUGGAAUUCUCCCAGCUUGGGUUCAUAGGUAAGAUGUUUAAGACCAGAGACCUCCCGAUGAUAGCCGAGUUCUUCCUCAUGUUCCACAAAGACAAGCCCAUCGACUGGUUGCUGGAUCACAUUCUGUGGGUGAAGGUUUGCAACCCGGAGAAGGAUAACAAACACUGUGAUCUUCAGAAAGCAAUGAUGAGGAGGAGAUAUAAGCCCUCGCUCUUCCAGCAUGUUGGUCUUCAUUCCUCUUUGCCUGGAAAACUACAACAUCUGAAGGAUAAGGACUUUGGGAAGCAGAGUUUGUUUCAGGCUCACAGUAACCCAGCUGCUGCGGUGAACAGCAGCAUGAAACACUACCAGCAGCACAGCCUGGAGCGGCUUUACAAAGGAAGUGACUUCAUGUGGGCUUUGACGCCGGUCCAGGGUGACUACAUCCUCUUCAGCUUCCCUCAGCCCAUCCGCAUAGCUGGGUAUGUGUUUCGUAGUGGAAACAGCCAGGCAGUGGGGGAUAAAUUUUACAACACAACAGUGGAAGUCCUCUCCAGCUAUACAACGGCUACAGAGAAGCUCCUGGAUGGCUCACCGUCUAAAUACAAGCGGUCUGACAGCAACUUCGUUGUUAUUGGUGAAUUUUACAACGGAGUGGCUGAAGGAGAAAUUGCUGAAGUUCUGCAGCCCAUCUCAGCUCUGCGCCUGGUGGUUCAGUCUGACUCAGACGUCUGGGCUCUGCUGAGCGAGAUCCACAUCAAGGUAUGAAGACAAGGCGCGCCCUCUGCUGGGCAAAGACUCUAACUACAGGGACAUUUUGAAGCAGCUCUGAAGCCUGACGAGCAGAUCGCCUGUUGGUGAUCUGAGAGGAGCUUCAGACGGAAAUCUGACUCAUGUUGAGUAACCAUGUGGAGGAAGAAGUACUCCCCCCACUGACGGGUUUACACCAACAUAACCUGUCACACAUGUUUUUGCACUAUGACAGAUUUUUAUUCUAUGAAAUAAACAUGUAUGAAAUAUCAA